AUGGAUCUUGGGCCUCUUUCCGCAUCCAGCUAUCAGUCACUUUCAGUUCUUUCACCCGAUCCUGCGCGGUCUGGCGGAAAGUGGUCACAACGUGGAUGUCAUCAGUCCGUAUCCGGAUGCACAGCCACCACUUGGCUACACAGUAAUUUCAGCAUUACACUGGACUUUAAUAUCUUUGAGGGACGUCGCCUGUCAUUUCUGUUGCCCUAUGUGGAUUUCUCAUACCUCUAUGCCUAUGGCAACGAUGCUUGCCGCGAGACACUUUACAGCGAUGGAUUGGAGCAGGUGCUCAAGCAUCCACCAGGCUAUUAUGAUGUCAUACUCAUGGAGCACUUCAACACGGAUUGCCUAAUGGGCGUGGCCUACAAGCUGAAAGCUCCUGUUGUGGCACUCUGCAGCUCCGCCAUGAUGCCUUGGCACUACGAACGCGUGGGCGCUCCCCUGAUUCCUUCGUAUAUAUCUGCUCUGUUCCUGGGUCAAUCACAGCAGAUGGACUUUGGCGCACGCCUGGGUAACUGGGUGGCCACUCACUCGCUCAACUUGCUCUACAAAUUGUGGUGUGUGCCUGCUGCUGAUGAGCUGCUGUUACAGAGAUUUGGCCCUGGCAUUCCAAGCACUGCUGAGCUGGUGAAGAACACCUCACUAAUACUCCUCAACCAGCACUUCUCGCUGAGUGGCCCCAAGCCACUGCCACCCAAUGUCAUCGAGGUGGGCGGCGUGCACGUCCGGAAGCCUAAACCUUUAAGUUCGCAGCUGCAGCAGUUACUGGACAAUGCCGAGCAUGGCGUGAUUGUCAUCAGCUGGGGAUCGCAACUCAAGGCGCACUCUUUGAAUAGCGAGAAGCGUGAUGGUUUGCUGCGUGCAUUGGCGCGUCUCAAGCAACAGGUGAUCUGGAAGUGGGAGAACGAAACGUUGCCCAAUCAGCCAUCAAACGUCCACAUCAUGAAGUGGCUGCCACAAAGAGACAUACUGGGACAUCCCAACGUGCGCAUCUUUUUCACACAUGGUGGACUGCUUGGCCUAACCGAAGGCGUCUCCAGUGGAGUGCCCAUCGUUGGCAUGCCCAUUUGUGGUGAUCAGUUCCUGAACAUUGCUUCGCUGGUCGAACGUGGCAAUGCAGUGAAACUGGACUUUGCCACCCUCAGCGAGGAGACUGUUUUUGAGGCUUUGUCGCUUGCCUUGAAUCCGGAGUACAAGUUGAAUGCCCAACGGAUUGCCACCGCAUACAAUAACCGCCCUCAGCCGCCGUUGGACACUGCCGUGUGGUGGGUGGAGCAUGUGGCAGAGACGCGUGGUGCCCCACUGCUGCAGCCCAGUGCUGUGCAUCUCAGUCGCUUUGUUUACUACUCGCUGGACGUGUACUCGGCCAUUGCUGGAGUGCUGCUAAUAAUCCUCAUCAGCUUUGUGGCACUCUGGCGCCUCUGCUGCCGCUCCAAGCCCAAGCGGAAGCAGAAAUCCAAGCGCAAUUAACGAACAAAUAAUGAAUUGUGAUUAUUUAAAAGACAACAAUAAUACAUAGAAUAUAUUUACAAAAACAAACAAAUUCAACAUCUACAACUUUGCCUUGCUGGCACCAGGGAAACCCAAUCGAUAGAGACCCACAACAACAGCGCCACCCAGACCCAAAUUGUGUUGCAGUGCCAGCUCCACAUUGGCCACUUGACGCUUCUCGGCCAGACCACGCAGCUGCCAGCAGAGCUCAGCACACUGAGCCAGACCUGUGGCACCCAGAGGAUGACC